UUACUGAGUAGGAGUGUUUAUGUAAUAAACAUGCAGAGUAAAAACAAAUAUUUUUUAGAAAUCGGUUCCACUACCGUAGUAAGUGUAAGAGAAAUGUAUAACUUGGACCAGACAGGAAGACUAGACGAGGCAAUAUUUUUAUUGGAAGAAUGGAUUAAAAAACAAGACCAUUUUGAGAAAAAAGAUUUUAGCCGAGAUUUUUUAGAAAGAUUAAUCAUUAUAAACAAGGGAUCACUGGAGCGAACAAAAUUAAAACUGGAUAAAAUAUGUACCCUACGAACUUUGAUGCCAGAAUUUUUUGGAAUAUAUAACUUAAAAGAAGAUUUUAAAGAUGUAUCUUUACUAGUAGACGCCAUUAUGCCAAAAACUACUUCAGAUUUUUACAGAGUUUAUUUGAUGAAAAAUAAGAACAUUACAUUGUCUUCUUACAUGAACUUUUACAGGCGACUUGUUUUUUAUUUGGAGUAUAUGCUGCGAUAUGAUUAUACUGUGGGAGUCAUAAUAAUUAUGGACUACAUGGACACAAAUCUUUUAGAGUUGGUAAAAACUUUGAGUUUGACAGAGCUCAGACAAGCACUUACACUAUUCAUGGAAGGAUAUGGUUUGAGAGUGAAAGGAAUACACUUCUUGACGACAUCAAAAGUGAUAGACACAUUCGUAGCAUUAUGGAAACAAAUAUUAAGUGCGAAAGUCGCUGGCCGAUUAUAUGUACAUAAAUCUUUAGAGUCACUGCACGACGCUGUUCCCAAGGAGUUACUUCCAGCUGAAUAUGGUGGUAAAGAGAAGUCUCUUAUGGAAUUACAUGAUAACAUACUCAAUAUUUUGAGUGAAAAGGAAUUUAUAGAAUACAUGAACUUAGUAAAUAAAGGCAGAACUAAUGAGACUCUUAGAUCACCUGAUAAGUUCAACGAACAGCAUUUGGGAAUGCCUGGAUCUUUUCGAUCGUUGGUGGUGGAUUAAAAUUUCAACCUUCUUUAUUGAUUUAAAUUUUUUUUUAAAUAAGUGAUAAGGACUUAACGUUCCUUCAUAUCCUAAUCCUAUAUCCUGAUUG